UCUCAGGACUUCUUCUUGCUCUGUGGUGCUAAUAAGCUAGUUUAGCUAACAGCAGUGAUAGUUUGGGGAUUUCUCAUCCAGGUAAAACAGCUUUGCCAUGUGUUAACAGUGGCUCGACCACGUGGGGGUCUCGUUGCGCUCAUUCAUACGGACUGUUUACAUUUCCCACCAGUCUUUGGAUACUUGGAUGCAUUUGGACAUGACGUUAUUUAGUGAUACACAAAAAGCAGAAGUGGAGUGAGCAGUGGUCCUGGCAGAAGCCACCGUUUAUAAACAGAGAGCCGACUGUUGUGUGCAACGGUGUGUGGAUGGUAGGGCACCUAUUGGUUAAGUGUAUAUAAACAAUACAAUUUUUAAUCAAUCACAUAUGUUAAGAUAUGUGGGCUUAAAUACACAUGUCCGUUGCCUUGGCAUGUUUAAAAGAACAAUAGGUAAUGACACACUUAUGGGUGGGGAUGGUGUUGAACUGAGGUCAGAAUAUUUGUUUGUGUGUUAUAACUAGGGAUGGGUAUCGUUUGGGUUUUUUCCGAUACCGGUGCUAAACCGGUACAUUUAAAACGAUACCGGUGCCUGAACCGAUACUUCUUUUUUUAAACUUACAAUGAGGACAUUAAAAACCUCUUCGGCCAUAUUCCCUGUGGAAGCCGUUAUCAUGGAGCACUGACAAACAACGGAUAUCUGUUAACAUACACAAUACAUGUUCUCCAUUAUAUGAUGUGAUAUGUAUUGUCAUGUGCAGCCCUUAUAGGGUUAAUCCUGUCACUGUGUUGAUGGGAAAAGAGAACAACCAAUCAGAGGGACUGAAGAUGACACGUGACAAAUAAAGUUUUGCUUCUGACAGCGAGUUCCACUGAAACAAAGUGACGCCCCACGGUCUUUAUUCCUCCGUCAUUAUAUUCCCGGUAACACCGGGUAUACAGCCGGGACCGCUGUACAUCAACACAUCUGCUAGCAGACUGUCACGCUCGUAGCUCGCGCUAGCUACGAGCUAGCUUAAACAUGGUUAUAAUGGCUAAUUUAUUAUUUCUUGGUCUACUUUUAUGAAUGCAAGACUUGCAAUCAACGAUACGGUACUAAUCUGAGUCACGGCUGCUCGUCAUCAUCGGUCUCCCCGUGUUCAGGGGGACCGGUGACGGUCUCCCCAUCGCGCCCAGCCUGACGCUGGUGUGCUCGACACGGGUUCACGCAGUCACACACGGCGCAGCCUCCGCUGUCAAAGUGAAAUAUGAGAGGCUCGUAACCUGCUGACAGGGCGGAGUCACCAGAGAAGUUCACAACAAUAGUUUUUUUCAAUUUCAAUCGGCUCAGGCACCGGAAAGAAGCACCGAAAUGUUGAUCAGUUUUAAUUGAAACAUAUUGCACAAACCGGACGAGGAACAUUUCUUCGACAUGGCAUAUCACCGUGGUCAAAACAUAAUUAGAGAAGCCUACGAAGACCACUUCUCAGCAAUGGAUUCAAGAGAGGUGACAGUCCAUCGGGUGGUCAAUAUUGUUGAAAAGAGGAGCCCUAUACCUCGACCACAUAUGGAAUAUGACAGAGGUUGUAAUGAUGACCAGUUGUAUGGGGGUCCUCGAAAUUACCAGGAUGCAAGAGACUUUCAUGGAGAAAACAGUUACCCACCCAACGACCGACGCUACGCUGAUGACAACUCGUUUGUCAAUUUUCGUAGAAAUGUUUCACAAAAGGAGAGUCCACACCCUCAACAGUCUUAUGGCAGAGAUGACCUGAGGCAUCAGUUAUGCCCAAGGAGCAGAAGUGAUACUUAUUUCCGCAGAAGAGGCCGAUCGUCAGGACCUCCUCGAAGGAAUACGGUCGACAAACGAGAGCGCUCUCCUGGAAGGAGGGAGGCCCAUCCACCUCCACCUGUCCGCUCUGGAUCAAACACCAGCAACCGGAGCUUCUCCCCUGACAGGGACAAAGGCUUCGCCUACCAGCCGGCUCAGGAAAGGCAUAAGCCCAGCGGGCCGCGGAGCCCCUCUCCCAGCGGCUCGGCGGAGCAGCCGCCUCACAGCGCCGCGUCCUCAAAGGCAAAAGCGGCGUUCGAGGGCAACUGUAACCGCGAUGCCUCUACCAAGCCACAUUCUGCAGAAAAAACUCCUGCAUCUGCAGAGGAGACGGAGGAGGUGGUGGCUGCCAGCAUGGAGCCAAAGCUGACACCAGAGCAAGACUUCAAGGCUCGCCGGUCGGAGGCCAUUAAGGCGAAGGCUCUGGAAAUCGAGACGCUCUACAGGAAGGACUGCGAGACGUUCCGCACAGUGGUGAAGAUGUUGGUGGCCAAGGAGCCCAGUUUGGAUAACCUGCUGCAGGGGCCGCUGGACGAGAACCUGUUGGAGCUCAACGAGCGCUGCCUGGACGCCCUGAGGCACUUUGUGAAGGAGCUGGACGAAGUCAUAAAGCAGCCGGACGCCUCGGCGUGAGCCACGAGUCACCAAACACUGAAACUCUGUUUUAAUAUUGAUAUUAUUAUAUAUAGAUAUCUGUUUUUAUAUGUAUUAUUAAGAAAAGAAAGAAAAUCUGGCAGUGGAAUUUUUUCCACUUAAACAUACAUUUUAAGAGUCUAUCAAACUAAAUGCAUAUAUCGUAUUAUACCUUUUUAAAACAAAGCUUAUUGUGGGGUGAAACGCCCAAGAUACAGUUUCUGGGAAACCGAACAAUUCAAAUGUUUUAAGAUUCCGCUGCAUUUUUAUCAUGAGCCACUCCGUGGAAAAAAAGUCGAUUACAGAUGACAUUUUAAAUGGAUAUACAUUUUAUGAAAUGGUCACAACCUUCCUCCAAUCAAGUCUUUAGUGAUAUGAAGUGUAUUGUGCUGCCAGUAACUGUAUUUCUUGUACAUUACUUACUGUAAGUACUCUCAUCCCAGUGUUGAAGGGUCCAACUCGAUGUGUUUUUCUUUUUAGCGCAGAGCUAUUUCAUGUAGAAAAGCUGACUUUUUAUACUGUAUGUAGAGCUUGUAUAUCAUCCUUUCAGAAUAAAAGCUGAAGCCUUGAA